AUGGAGCUGUUUGGAGUAAGCACGAAGGUUCAGAUGGCCCUACAGCAACUGCCCUGGUACGAGCAAUCAAUCAAGAUCCAGAAACAGGUGCUGCUCAUGAUAAGGUGCUCUCAGGUGCCUACCGAGAUAAAAGCCGGCAAGCUCAUUCACGUCAACAUAGCUCUGUUCAGUGCGAUGAUGCAAAAGUCCUAUUCAUUGUACUUGCUUGCAGUAAUGAAGUUUCUCCAAAUUGACGAUCCUCGCGAUACGCUCCCCAUUAGCUGCAGACUGCUUCACUUGUUCGGUUUAGGUCGCGAUGAGCGGUUCAAGUGGCUCUUCUGGUUCCAGUGCCUUCUGUAUCUGGUGUUCAACAUCAUAACGAGGUUUAUCAUGGACAUCGAAGAUACGGUCACUCUCGUGCGGCUCGGUGCCGAAACAUUGUUCGUUACAUCGUUGUUCGCACAGAUGUUGGCGUUGUACGUGAGACGCGUCAACCUGUACGACCUAAUCGACAUGCUGCGGGAGUGCACAAGGGAACCGUGUUCGGAUGAGAUCUCAACAUUCUUCGUCCGCACGAAUGGGGCAUUAAACAAAUUCUCGAUAGCUUAUUGCAGAUACUUUAUGCUGGUGUUUAUACUCUACCUAGUGAUGCCUCCGAUAGCGACGUGCGCGGUCGAACGAUCAUCUAACGUACGAUCGUUGGUCAGUUUCUACUACCUAGACAUCCGCUACAACUUGCUACACUACUCGGCCUACAUCGUCGUAGUGACUGUGCUGACGGUCACCAGCUCAUUGUUGCUGUGCACCAAAGACGUGGUCGACUUCACUGCCGUCAAAUGUACGUCGAUGGUGUUCCGCAUAACGGCUAUGAAAGUACGGCAGCUUCCACGGCACAUUUCGGCACCAGACCUGCAAAAGGUUAUAGCGUCGCAUCAGGCCGUCCUGCGGUGUGCCAAAACGCUCCAGCAAGCCCUCAGCCUCUCGUUGCUGUUUCAACUCGCUUUCUGUAGUGCCAUCUGGGUGCUAAUGCUGUUUUACAUAUUGCUGAUGGUUCGCAACGGUUAUGGAUUUGACUCGAGGAUUCUUAACCUAGUGCUGCUGCUGAUGAUCGUAACCUCGGAAACCUACGUGUAUUGCAUCCUCGGCACGAAUCUAACAGAACAGAGUGACGAAGUAGUAAACGCCCUGCAGGAGCUGGCAUGGUACGAGCAGCCCGUAUCGAUCCAGAAGCAACUGCUGCUAAUGAUACGGCGCUCCCAGGAACCCACAGUACUAACGGCCGGCAAGCUCAUCCCCGUCAACAUUGCUCAGUUCAGUGCGAUGGUACAGAAGUCUUACUCGUUCUACUUGGUGCUAAAAGAUUUAUUCUAA